AUGGCAGAUGCUCAAGUCGUUAUCGUCGUUCCCUCCCACAAGCUCGGCUCACAGCCAUGGUGGCCCUUGUUGCACAGCACUAUCAUCCUGUCCUAUCAACGCAAAGACAUCAUGGCCUUCCCACCGUCCUGGACACGUCUGGACGCAGAACCCAGUGCAGGCGCCAAAGGCUUAUCUGAAGAACUGUCACCGCGAGGUAAGCUUGUGGUCAUGCUCGACCAAGGAACACCUAUUGCAUGUGCUGGUGUCGAACCAUUCCGUGGCGAGGAUUGGAUCAACGAUGUGACUGGCUUGGAACCGCCACCCAACGACAAGCCAGCAACGUCUGACCCGGAUCUUCAUACACGCAGUCCGCAGGCUGGUGGGGACCUUGUUCAGGACUGGGAGAUCUGCUGUUUUUGCGUUCAUCCUGACUAUCGAGGUCACGGCAUCAGUCGUACCCUUAUCGACAACGUCCUGAAGGUGAUCAAACCACUCGGAGCCAGACGACUCAUAGCGAACCACUCAAUCGAGGAGACUGGCGUCAUGUGGCCGCAUCUAGGCUUCAACACUCCCGUUGGCAAAGGCAGCGUGCUCAAGAAAGGAUUUUUGCCUCCUGGUCGCUCGCAAGAGAUAGAGGGAUUGAGAGAAGACCUGCACUUCCGAAUGGGCGCCAUGAUUUUAUGA